UGGAUUGUCCAUCAAAACGGUAAUGCCACACUCCAGGCGGGGUGCAAGGUACUGAACAUUUGUCCCCAUUGCAGUCAGCACUACCUGAACGAGAGUGUUUUCUAGAAUUUGCAGCCUCGGGUGCAGCACUGACUGAUCAAUUCUCAGAGGCCAGGAGGAGUUGCCGUGACGCAGGCGGCUGGGUUCAGCCCCAGUCGUCAGCCGCUUCUGAAUGACUAGAGAUCCAAACAGCUCGGAUCAGCACCAGGCAGGCGGUGGAGCUGAGCUACUCCGAAACUAUUGAAAAUGACGAAAGAAAAUGUGAUGGAUGUUGCUUCAGAGGAAGAGCACAAAGAGCCCCAGGAGCAUCAGCCGGCAGAGUUCCAGAGCCCGGUUCUAGAGAGACGCAAAAAGCCUGUCAUUCACCCGUCUGCCCCAGCACCACUGCCGAAGGAUUAUGCCUUUACAUUCUUCGAUCCAAAUGACCCGGCCUGUCAAGAAAUCCUGUUUGACCCCCAGACCACCAUCGCUGAGCUCUUUGCUAUCAUCAGACAGUGGGUCCCCCAGGUGCAGCAUAGGAUCGACGUCAUUGGAAAUGAGAUUCUCAAGCGAGGUUGCCACGUGAAUGAUAGGGAUGGACUGACCGAUAUGACCUUGUUGCACUACGCGUGCAAGGCAGGAGCGCACGGGGUCGGGGAUCCCGUGGCUGCUGUGCGCCUGUGUAACCAGCUGAUUUCCCUGGGGGCCGACGUGGGACUCCGCAGUCGCUGGACCAACAUGAACGCCCUUCACUACGCUGCUUAUUUUGAUGUCCCAGAGAUAGCUCGGAUCCUCCUGAAGGCUCACAAAUCGAAAGUGCUGAACUCCACCUGCAGUGACUUCAACCAUGGCACAGCCCUGCACAUUGCAGCUUCAAACCUGUGCCUGGGAGCUGUGAAGUGUCUCCUCGAGCAUGGGGCUAAUCCAGCAGUCAGGAAUCGGAAAGGACAAGUUCCCGCGGAUGUGGUCCCAGAUCCUAUGGACAUGACGCUGGACAAAGCUGAGGCGGCAAUGGUUGCUAAGGAACUGAAGCAGCUGCUGCUCGAUGCGGUACCUCUGAGCUGUAACCUUCCCAAGGUCACCUUGCCAAACUAUGACAACAUCCCAGGCAACUUGAUGCUCACUUCACUGGGUCUCAAACUAGGGGACCGAGUUGUCGUAGAUACAGAUAAGGUUGGAACGCUGCGAUUCUGUGGCACCACUGAGUUUGCCAGUGGACAGUGGGUUGGUGUCGAGCUAGAUGAGCCCGAAGGGAAGAAUGAUGGCAGCGUUGGAGGGAUAAGCUAUUUCAUUUGCCCUCCGAAACAUGGUUAUUUUUCUCCAGUGUCUAAAAUCAGUAAAGUUCUCGAUCAGACCCCAUCUUCUGUAACCUCGACACCUAAAACACCCAGAAUGGAUUUCUCUCGAAUGACUGGGAAGAUGAAGAAAGAUAAGAAAGCCUUGAGAAGGAAGUCCCUGUCUGUGGGAAGCCUUGAUCGAGAAGGUGCGAAGAUUGAGAUCGGAGACCAAGUGUUGGUUGCGGGUCAGAAACCAGGAAUAAUUCGGUACUACGGUAAAACAGAUUUUGCUCCAGGGUAUUGGUACGGUAUUGAGCUGGACAAGGCGACUGGGAAGCACGAUGGCUCAGUGUUUGGUGUCCGAUACUACACCUGCUCUCCAAAAUACGGGGUAUUUGCUCCUCCUUCCAGGGUGCAGAGGAUUGCUGGGCCCAAAGGACCCCCGGGUGAUGGGACCAUUGGCAAAAAAAUUCACCAAGUAACAAUGACUCAACCCAAGAGAAAUUUAGCAGCUGUGAGGACUCCCAAAGACAUUGCAUCAGAGAGUUCCAUAUCCAGAAAUCGAUGGGUCAUCGGGGGUUAUAUAAAGCUGACGGCAUUUGGAAAAUCGGAGAGAGCCAAUUGCCAUCCGAGGGGAGAGCCAAACUUCAGCUGCAGCGAAGAUAAGUCCACCAUCUGAGAUUAAAACCUGGCUUUCACAAAAAAAAUUAAGCUCUCUAAAAAGGUACCACAGUAUUUUAGCUCAAAGUCUUCACUGAAGAAAUUAAGGAAGAAAACAUCCCUGACAGCAGAAUCAGCGGCAGAAAGACAUUUGUGACUCGAGAUCAACAGAAGAAACAUUGUGUGAACUUGGAGAGAUUAAAUUUAAAUUUAUUGUUGUCUAAUUAAUUGGGUUUAUAUAAGUGGGACCUGUGUUUAUUUGAACAGCAUUCCAGUAGAAUUUAGACCAGUUAGGGAGUAGUUAGUAGUCUGGGGGGAAUUGUCGGUUUGUUAGCAAUCCUGUUAAUUUGUUUGUUGUUAGGGUUAAGUAAAUAAAUUGUUUCUUGUUACUUGUAAAGUUGAGAUCAGGGAUUUUCUUUCUUAUAGCCACUCUUUUGAAAAAUUACGAGAGGAAAGGUGAGCUUCUCUGGGUGUUUCAGGAGUAAUUAUUAGAGGGGUUUGGCCAUUCCCCCUCUGUGACACAGUGCAGUGUGGAUGAUAGUAAUUCAGUCUCCCUUUACAGUCUGUCCAACAUCCUUGGCUUGAAGUUGACGGGAAACAAAAUAGAAGACCAUAAAUACAGAGCUGUGUAAGUGGGGUGGGUUUAAACAGGCUCGAGUGUGAAUUAGCAGUUAACUAGCUGUUGCCCAAGAUGAAAUUCAUCUCCAUGGAUUUCGUGUGGUUGAGGUGAUGAAGGGAGUACAUUUUGCUAAUGGGGGUGGGUUAUUUGAGUUGGAUAAGAAGGGGAAAUCUGUCAAUAUAAAAGAAGGAAAGAGGAAGUUGAGAUGCCAGGAGUCAGGAUAAUCAACUCCCUCCUACUGUCCAACCACCACCAUUAAGUCAUUAACGUAAUUGGAUUUGCUUUGAAAGCUGCGAUUGGAAGGACAUCUGGUGUUGCAUAAGGUGUGUGUGGCCAGUAGUGAUGCCUGCUCUCUUCUGGAGCUGUGUGUUCUUGGGAAGAAAGAAUUCACUAGAAUUUGUUUUUCCCAAAUUGGCCAUUUAUUAUUUUUUAUUUGGUUCUUCCUCUUCCAGGAGUUUACAGAGGGAAGAAAUGGGUUCUUGCCUCGGUAGUGUGUAUUCUUCCUAAUGGCCGUAGAUGCUGUGUGGGGUUUGUAAAGUUUUCUGAUCUCAAGGUAAUUUUAGAGCCCCAAUUGUUAGUUCUUGUGGCGCCAGGGGAAAAUUAACCUCUCUUUCUAUCCGUUAUUCUUACAUUUUAGUUGUGGAAGUUUGGUAGUAGGAGCAGCAGAGAACAUUACGGCUCCUGAAAUCAGGUAAGCUAAGAAUGUGAUCUGCUAUGCUUGUCACUUGGGUGAGUACUAGAGGGAGAAGUCAUAGAUGAUGCCUUCAGCAGGGAAAGAAAGAAACAGCAGUAGAAGGAGAAGAAAAAGUGCAUGAACUAUUCAAGACAAAAUAAAACAAAGAACUGUAGAUGUUGAAAAUCUGAAACAAAACAGAAAUUGCUGGAGAAACUCAGCAGGUGUGGCAACAUCUCUAGAGAGAAAGCAGUUAACAUUGAGUCCAGUUCCUUUCUUCAGAACACUGGACUCAAAAUGUUAACUCCGCUUUCUUUCUACAGAUGCUGCCAGACAUGCUGGAUUUCUCAAACAAUUUCUACUUUUAAUCAAGACAAAAUUCACUGAUGUUCAUGAAAAUGUAAAGAAGGAACAAAUUCAAGAUAUUCCUGCCUCUGUACACAUUAUAUCACUUGAAGAGUUUUCCUGUAGAAAUAUGUUAAAAACUACGUUUCCCAUUUCUGUUCUGGAAUUGUAUUAUCUAUCAGUCUGUACAGGAUUUUUGAGAUUGUACAAUCAGCUGCAAAAUAAAGCAGAUGUUUUAAUGAAA